CUUGAUGAUCAUGCUACUUUUUUGCACAGCCAGUUUCGACGCUGAGAUUUGUUUGAGAUCCGGAAAGAACAGAACCAUAUUUAUUAGUUGUUGUUGUAGCGAGAAGAACACAGACGUGCAUCAAAGGACAUUGCAGGUCAUUGCGUUCAUGACCCCGUUCAAAUGAUAUCGUUACCAAGAAGACCACGACACACUUCUUCUUUUAUCGCCUAACAUAAUUCUUAGUUUUUAUUUUACCCACAUUUAUUAGGAGUAGGAUACGAGUAAGAAAAAGAAGUGGAACUACCGGUUAGAAUUACUUAUAGGCAAGAAUAAAUCUUUGAUACAACAGCGCUCGUUGUUGUACAACAGACGUAUAGACAGGAAAAAUGGCACUCGAUUGCUUUGCAUUCAUCACGGGAGGCGUGAUUGGCAACUUCAUCGGCGUCUACAAGUCGGAAGAGCUGAAGCCGACUUGCGAUGCCUUGCAACAAAAGGGCAAGGAAGGCGUCGAAAUCGCCAAGGAGAAAUAUGAAGAGUUCAAAAAAAGCCAAGAGCAUCAAUAAGAGAACAGCACAGAAAAAGGAUCGUGUUUGGUUUGAUUACGUAGGAGAAAGGAAAAAUGCGAUCAGGAGGAUUCAUAUAUGUAAACCGGAAGCUUUAGGCGGAAGGAGAGGAGAUAUGUUUUUGCACGACCGAAGAAGUGGCAGUCGUGGUCCAGUUAGAGGUAUUCCCAUCAUCACAUCUGAGGUUUCAAAACUGAAAUACAUCAAGGCUCACAGAACCUCUUUUUCUUCUACUUAUUUUUUCUUCGUAGCCGUAAGCAUAGGCGUAACCUAAGCUCAAAGUCGAGUUAUCAUUGCACCAAAUCAGGAGCAAGAACCCGGCUGCGGGGCUGGUGACACAUAGCAGGAAGAAGUGUGCGCGUGUGCGACGGACUUACGCGUUAUGGGACAUGUUUCAUACCCGCGUGGACCAAGACAUGCAACAUGAACAUACCUUUUUCACAAAGUCGUUUUUGAAUUCUGAUUAUUUCGCCGCUUGACCAAGUACACUAUGGGGGAGCUUAUAACUUGAGUCUAUUUGCUUUUGUUCUGUUGAUUUGUGACGACCUACCUGAAAAAUGACAUCACCCGCAUAUGAUCGGAAAGUACCAUACACCGCCACUACAAGAACAAGUACAACCCGCGCUGAGAAUUCUACAUAGCAUGGGCUAAGAUGAGCCCUGAUGGAAUUCAUCACACCAGCAUCAUCUAGAUUACUGCACGUUUUUCCCGCUGCAUGUACCCGCAUGACGAGCAGUGUAAGCUUGAUCAACGUUUUCCGCGAGGAGCAUCGUUGUAUUUACCCCUGACUUGUUGUAUUUCCCUAAGAUGCAGAGUCAAAUAUCCCAAUUGUGAUCUGCGUUAUGAAGGCUCUUGCACACGACCACUGAACAAGACUCGUUGAUCUAGAUCACAUUAAGUUCUUAGUUGUAGACCUUUCUUGUUUGAAGCAAAUUUCCCGCAUCUUGUCUUUGACGGGUCUAAUAAUCAUAACGAACAAGAAUGAAAAUUCACCGUUCUUUCGACUCUG